CAGCGGUACUUUUGAGCGCUCGCUCCUCCACAUCGUCAACAACAACAACAAUAACAGACUGCAGAUGCUGUUAGACAGUCGUCGAUGAAAAGUGAGAAAACCGUGCUACGACGAUAGAGCCUUCAGUUAUAUGUAGCAGAUCAAAGAUGGUUCAGGACAGCGCUCAGAUUCGGCGGCAGGGUGCCCAGGACUUUAUGGCAUACUAUGACUUUGCCUGUGCAAGACAGGAAUCAGUCCCUGUCCUCGCAGUCAAGAUGAACCUUGACAAAGGGAUGCUGGACUUUAAUGGAGACAGGCUCAAACUGACAGACUGGCCACCCAUUCUCAGCUCUAUCUCUAUCAACAAACACCUGCACCACAUCGCAAUAAGUAGCACACACCAAGCUAGUCUUGGUUCUGGAGAUGCAGAUAGAAGGUACUAUAAGUCUAGCUUCAGAAAGAAGAUCCCUGCCAUUCGCUCCAAGGACAUGACAUUUAAGUUGUGCAAGGCCUUGAGAGAGUGUCUGAUGGUCUCUUCCAACCUCAAGACUCUGCAGCUUAAUGGACUUCCACUGAGAGAGAGGGACCUCAUCACUUUGACAAAGGGUUUGGCAAAAAGUGUUUCCUUGGAAAACCUCUCUCUCGCUAACUGUCCAAUCACUGAUGAGGGCUUGGAGGUGAUUUGCCAAAGUGUUAAGUAUUCUACAAUCAUCAGGACGGUAGAUUUUACAGGAUGCAAUCUCACCUGGAGAGGGGCAGAACACAUGGCUAACAUCAUCAAGCAUCAGGGAAUGCAGAGGCAUGGUACUGCAUGGGCAGAAUCCCUGAGGUAUCGACAGCCACAGUUUGAGGGAAUGGGAGGUCUCCGCCGUGUCACCCUAAACUGUAACACUUUGAUAGGGGACCGGGGUGCUGCUGCUCUAGCACAUGAACUGGCUGAGGACCUCUGGGUUAAAGCUGUUGACCUACAGAGAUGUGGUCUUUCCAAUGAAGGAGCUCGUCGUUUGCUGGAAACAUUGAAAACCAAUUCUUCUCUUUGUGUACUGGAUAUUCGUAGUAACCCUUUAGUUGACAAGGUCCUAAUUAAAACUAUAAUAGAGAAAGUACUGAUGAAUGCUGAUGGAGAGUCAUUAGAGUACCGCUGGAUCAAGCCUGCAACCACUGAACCACAGAGAGCUCCUGGUCUAAAGAAGCUAUCACUGCCCAGUUCAGUCAAAGGAAAAGCCACAUUUCGGAUAGGAACACGCUCUGGAGCGCGGAGUUCAGGUGUUGCUCAGGCACAGAAGCCUCAUUCUCGUUCCUGUUAUAUUCCUUGGCGUGCUGCUGCACGAGCUGGACGCCAAAGAGGUCUGCCCCCUGGAGUGGCUGUGGCAGACCAAAGUUUUCAGGGUGCAGCUACUGUGAAGGUUACUGUGGAUUCAGAUUCAGAGGGAGAGGAGGAUGAGGAAGAGCAAGAAGUGGGGGUUGAGGUGGAACAGAAAGCAUCUUCUUUUGAUCUCCAGGACAGCAGCACUUCACGGCAGUUUGAACAUAUGCAGAUGGAGCUAAAAGAGUGUCGUCUGAGGCUGGCAGCAGAGCGCAGAGCCAGACUGAAAGCUGAGUCAAGGCUCAUGGAGUAUGAGUUGGAGAAUGCCCGUCUUCGUGAUGCCAACCACUCCCUGUCAGAGGCGCUUGCAGCCUCUGGCCUUGGAUCAGCACCACCUGGUGUCAGUGCUCUUGAAGACGACGCCGUGCUCCAAAGCAUUGAGAGCUCAUUUAGCAAGUUCCAUGCUUUCCUGGAUCUCCUCAAGGAUGCUGGCCUAGGUCAGCUAGCUUCAGUAGCUGGGAUUGAUAAAUCAGAUUUCCAACCACUGGGAAGACCUCAGCUCUCCUCUACAAUAGGAACACAUUUGGAUGGUGCUGCAUUACUGACUAGGGGGGAAUAUCUGGAUGAUCGGACAAAGACUAAUACUUUUUCUGUGGUGGACAGCUUCCUGCCUUCUCUUCCUGGUGGCCCAGCUGACACCACCACACCCAGAUCUUCAUCCUGUGUCAGGGAGCCCGUGCAUGAAGACAGGCUACUAGAUGUGACCUUCAAUAAGGCUUCUGGACCUGCAGUAGACCCUGGUAUAGGUGGAGAAGGGGAACCAAAUCGAUAUUCCAAGCCUGAUGCCCAUCAUGGCUCGGGUUCUGAGCACAGUUUCCGUAGCCAAAAAUCCUUAGAUAAGGUUUCUUUUGGUGAAACUUUUCAGGCUCAACCAAGCAAGCCGAAGAGCAACAGCAACUCUUGUCAAAGCAGUUCUCAUCAUAACAAUGGUUCCAACGGAUACAACAACAGCUAUGCUAAAAGCUAUUCUUCCCAUAGCAAUGGGUCUCAUGGUGCAUUAUCUGUAAGGUCGAGUGUUAGUGACAUUGCAAGUGACAAGGCAGAGUCUGUGGGAUCAGUAGGGUCAAGAAACAGGGGAAAGGGAAGGCUAGUGACAGUAGGUCAGUCAGGGUCAGAAGGGUCAGAGGGGAAAGCCUAUCCUGGGAGGGAGACUCUGGGACAGAUCAGGUCUCUGGGCGGUCUGGUAGGGCAGUCAGAUAAUGAAUCCUUCUGACCAGCUGACCAGAGAAAUAUGAAAAGCUUUCUCAGUGUCUCUUCUCAUUGCUGUGUGCUUAAAAUUCUUUGUUACUUCUUAACACUGUUGCUUAGUUGUGCUAUUACACUACUUACUGCUACAGAAGCAGAGUGGAAGGUUCUGUGAAAUUAAAAUUGGAGUUACUGAUUCGUACAACUGCAUUCAAAAUGCAAUGCAAUGUAUAUUGUUGUAUUUACAUUUUACACUUUUAUUGUAAAGUCUCAAGGUUUUUGCAGAUUUAUUUUGCCCUGGGGGACAUGUACAGUAUAAAAAAUUAGUUAAGUGCCAUAGUAGGUUUUUGGGAUUCCAAGUUAACCCCACCUUCUAUCAAGUUUCAAUUCAUAUCCACAAAUCAAGUUCUUCCUAGUGUGACCCGGUUUCAUCUGGACAGACAUCAAACUUCAGAGGAAGUUUUAAGUGAAAAUUCACUGGUUGCUUAAUGUGUGCUAUUACUCUUUUUACAGCUGCUUUACACAGUAUUUUUAUUUUCAGAAUUCAGUGCUGAUGUAGAGGUUUUUGAUGAAUAUUUAAUUUAUCCGUAAUUAGAUUGUAGUUUUGUCCUUUUUAAAAAAAAAAAAAUUCAUGAUGUAGAAGUGUAUAAUUUGUUGUCCUAUUAGGAUAUUAUGCUCAUAUUUCAAACUUAGAUUUUAUAAUAAACAUCUUUUAAAUUGUGUUUCUGAGCUUUUAAAUUUAAAAUUCAUUUAAAAGAAAAAAUAAUUUUAAAUUCCCUCUUCUGCCACUCAAAAAUACACCAUCACAGUGAAUUGUUGGCAUUUACCUGUGAAUUUCACAUUUUGA